AUGUUAAACAGAUUCACGCGCCGGCCUGCAAUGUCCAAGCCUGAACCACCGGGUAAUGAGCAGUUAACACAGCGUAAUCGAGCAAACCAGAAAAAUGACAUUACAAGUGUGGCAGUGAUAAAGGAUGGCACUGGCAGAAUACUGACUGAUGAGGAAAAUAUCAAGAAACGGUGGGAGGAGUAUUUUCGUGAGCUACUUAACACUGAGAAUGAGAAAAAGCCACUAGAUGAAAUCGAUGCAGUUGAAGGACCUGUCCAAAACAUCUCCACAGAAGAGAUAGUGGCAGUGAUAAAAGAUACGAAGAACAGCAAAGCUCCAGGACCAUCGGAGAUUCCAACUGAACAUCUCAAAAAUCUAGAUGAAGAAGUAUUUUUAGACCUAGAGAAAGCCUUCGACCGUGUGCCAAGGGAAGUCAUGUAUUGGUGUCUAUGGAAAAGGGUAACACCGGAGAAGCUGGUAAGGCUAGUAGAAGCAACAUACAGGAAUGCUGCUACCAAGGUUGUGACACAACAAGGAGCCACUGAUGAAUUUGAAAUUACAGUUGGAGUCCAUCAAGGUUCGGCACUAAGCCCAUUCUUAUUCAUCAACAUCAUGGAUACCUUGCAAGAAGAUGUGAGAACCGACAUGCCCUGGGAACUACUAUUCACGGAUGACGUUGCAUUAAUCCCUAAUACAGAAGAAGAACUACAGCAAAAAAUAAAAUUUGGCAGAGUAAAUCACAAGAUGGAGGACUGA